UCUCAUCGUAAGUUUGAGGCUCCUCGCCAUGGCUCUUUGGGUUUUCUUCCACGUAAGCGUGCGAGACGACAUCGUGGUAAAGUCAAGUCUUUUCCGAAAGACGAUCCCAGCAAGCCUGUGCAUUUAACUGCAUUUCUUGGCUAUAAGGCUGGUAUGACUCACGUUGUUCGUGAUAUGGAUCGACCUGGCUCAAAAAUGCAUAAGAAAGAGGUUGUCGAGGCAGUUACUGUGAUUGAAACUCCGCCAUUGUGUAUUGUUGGUGUUGUAGGCUAUGUUGAAACUCCUCGUGGUCUCCGUGCUUUGACCACUGUUUGGGCUCAACAUUUAUCUGAUGAAGUUAAACGUCGUUUCUAUAAGAAUUGGUAUCGUUCUAAGAAAAAGGCAUUCACAAAAUAUGCCAAAAAGUAUGCUGAAGGUGAUAAAGAUAUCCGCAGAGAACUUACCCGAAUUAAAAAAUAUUGUCAAGUCGUUCGCGUGUUGGCGCACACUCAAAUAAAAAAGGUGAAAAUAGGUCAGAAGAAAGCCCACUUAAUGGAAAUUCAGCUUAAUGGUGGUACUAUCGAACAAAAGGUUGAUUGGGCUUAUGAAAAAUUCGAAAAAGAAAUUGAUAUUAGCUCAGUUUUUGAACAAGAUGAGCUUAUCGACGUUAUUGGUGUCACUAAAGGUAAAGGUUUCGAAGGUGUGACACAUCGUUGGGGAACGAAGAAACUUCCUCGUAAGACCCAUAAAGGUCUACGAAAGGUCGCUUGUAUUGGUGCAUGGCAUCCUUCAAGAGUCAUGUACUCUGUUCCACGUGCUGGUCAAAAUGGUUAUCAUCACAGGACCGAGGUUAACAAGAAGAUUUAUCGCAUUGGAAAAGGUGAUGACAAGAAUAAUGCAUCAACCGAAUAUGAUCUUACAGAGAAACAGAUUACACCGUUAGGUGGAUUCCCUCAUUAUGGCGUUGUGAACGAAGAUUUCAUUAUGAUCAAGGGUGCAUGCGUUGGUGUUAAAAAGCGCGUUCUUACCCUAAGAAAAUCUCUGCUAACUCAUACCAAACGUUCUGCUUUGGAGAAGAUUUCACUUAAGUUUAUAGAUACGAGUUCCAAAUUUGGUCAUGGUAGAUUCCAGAUCGCUGAAGAAAAACAUAACUUCCUUGGAACUCUUAAAAAGGAUCUUCCAGCAACUUAA